AUGUCUCGUCCAGAAGAUACCCUCCCCCCAGAUCUCCAUUACAAUGAUACGGAAGCACGCAAAUAUACCACUUCCUCUCGAAUCCAAAACAUUCAAGCUUCCAUGACAAAUCGCGCGCUCGAACUGCUUGACCUAGACUCCCCCGCCAUGAUCCUCGAUGUAGGCUGCGGCUCCGGGCUUUCUGGCGAAAUCCUCUCCUCGAUCGACCCCUCGGAAGGCGGACCUCACAUCUGGGUUGGAAUGGAUAUCUCGGCCUCUAUGCUUGACAUAGCAUUACAGCGAGACGUAGAAGGCGAUCUCAUGCUUGCGGACAUUGGUCAAGGCGUCCCAUUUCGUGCGGGUAGUUUCGAUGCUGCGAUUUCGAUUAGUGCUAUUCAGUGGCUGUGUAAUGCGGAAAGUAGCGAAGUAUCGUCUGAAGGGAGAUUAUCACGGUUCUUUAAUGGACUGUAUGCGAGUUUAAAGAGGGGUGGGAGGGCGGUGUGUCAGUUUUAUCCGAAGAACGAUCAGCAGAGGACGAUGAUUAGCGGUGCUGCGAUCAAAGCUGGAUUCGGAGCUGGUAUUCUGGAAGAUGAUCCUGGAACCAAGAAUGCGAAGUUAUAUCUGGUCUUGACGGUCGGUGGAUCUGCGGAGGAGGGCAACGGCGGAGAUAUCACGGGUGUGGUAAAGGGAAUGGAUGGUGUAGAUGUGCUGGAUGCGAGGAGGAAACAUAGGGAGAAGGGGAGAAAGGUGCAGAAAGGAAGCAAAGCGUGGAUUCUAAGUAAGAAGGAGCAGAUGGAGAGGAAGGGGAAGGUGGUUAAGAACUCCUCGAAGUACACGGGAAGGAAACGAAAGAUUGCUUUUUAG